AUGGACACGACAAGUGACACACCGACGGGCUGCGCACGUGUGAUCGUGAAAAUGGUGGUUGCACUGAGUCUUCCGUUUGUGUUGAGUCCCCGCGAGCUGGCGACCGAGGCCGCAUCUAAUGUGGCAGAAGUUUUUAUUACGUGCUUCAGUCGUUUGCGACAGCGGCGUCCACAUUUUAAUGAAGAGCAUAAAGAAGCGUUGCUGAAGGAGGAUGAACGGUUUUCGGAUGCAGCAAUGAUUGAGCUACGUCGAAGGAUGAUGGAAGGUGGUACAUCCACGAUACCAACCAUACCAUUACGCCUUGUGGCCACUGACCAGCCAGCACGCCCUUCGCGCUGGAAGGAGCGCAAGAUCCAGGAACGUGCGCGAGCACAUUGCAGCUCGUCGCCGAACUGGAAACGAACAAGCUCGGAGAGAGCGUUUACACUCCUGGCAUCUGAUACAGAAAGAGCACUGGAUCAGAUCCUUAAGUCAACGAAGAUGACACGAAAACGUUCUAAAAGCACUGAGCCGAUGGAUGCCAAAAGUGAGGGACGGCAAAAUAUGGAGAAGACUGGAGAGGAAAGUGUGCUGCUUGAUCUCCACGACCUGGAUAGCUGUGACGGCGGCGUAUUGGGCGAAUGGCUCGCGGGGAUCGACGAAUCUCGCUCAGAAGAGUACCGCAUAUAUGCCAAACAGUUGAAAGAGCAUGGCUUUAUGACAUUAGAAGAUCUGGCGCAACUGGAGAGUGAGGACGACGUUGAUCAAGCCAUGAGUGAGGUGGGUAUCACCAAAUUCGCACACCGAUUGCGUAUUCGAAAAGCCAUUCAGCAACUGCAUUUUCAGGCUUCAGAGCAACAUAAAUUGGCAGUUGCUGCAAUUCCUGUGGCUGCAAGUGCGUAA